AUGGAGUAUCAUAUGCCAAAAACCAGCAAGGAGGCCAAUGUCAGAAGUAUCUGUGAUUUUCAGCUUCAAUUUGAUAAGAUGUCAAGAAAUAACUCAGAUAUAUCUGCUUGCAAAGUGACAGAGCAAUUAAAUAUAGAGAGGAAUGAAAUCAAGCCUCCACAUGAACCUUUAAGAAGCCCUCGAUCAUAUCCCAACUUUAAGUUGAAAAGUCCAGAGCAUGGAAGUAAAACAGUGGGAAUUGCCAAAAAAAAUUUUUUGUUUUGUGAACAAACUAAACGAUAUUUUGCUAGUUGUGAAAAUAGUUCACCACCUUCCAACCCUAACUGUGUUAACAAAGAAGCAGUUGGAUCAAAAAUCGACAAGAAAGCAUCAACAGGAAACUCAGUAGCAACAUUAAAUAUUGGAAAUAAUUUACCAACCAAAGAACUGAAUACAAAGCUUAGUACUCAUUUGUCUCCUGCAAAACCAAAAAUGCUGCAGAAUUUGAGCGAGAAUCCUUUGUCUUUAAACUAUGAUUCUAAACUAUUUAACUCAUUAAUACCAUCACCUCGGUCAACUACUUGCCAUCGGUGUGGGCUGUAUGGUUCCCUAAGGUGUUCACAAUGCAAGCAAACAUACUAUUGCUGUGUAGCAUGCCAGAGAAGAGACUGGUCUGCACACAGCAUUGUGUGCAAACCUAUUAAACAAAAUUUCCCUAAACCUGAUGAUACUAAAUUAUCUUGUGAAACAAAGAAAAUGGAAGUAAAUAAAGAGGAUGAUUAUCAGCUUGGAAUCACCACAGAAAUAAUAGGAUGUACUAAGAAAAUAAUGUUUUCUGAUUUACAAAAUCUGCAGCUAAGAAAAACUAUGGAAAUAAAGGGUACAGUUACUGAAUUCAAGCAUCCAGGUGAAUUUUAUAUACAGAUCUGUUCUUCAGAAGUUUUAGAAUAUAUCAGAAAACUUUCUACAAGCUUGAAAGAAUCAUAUAUGAAUAUGAUGCCUCAAGAGGAAUAUAUUCCUAUUAAAGGGGAAAUCUGUGUGGCCAAAUACUCUGUGGAUCAGACCUGGAACAGAGUAAUAGUACAAGAUGUUGAUGUGCAGCAGAAGAAAGCACAAGUUUUAUAUAUUGAUUAUGGAAAUGGAGAAGUUAUUCCAAUAAGCCGAAUUCAGCAAUUAAACAAAAAUAUUGAACUCUUCCCCCCUUGUGCCAUAAAGUGCUUUGUUGCCAAUGUAAUCCCAGCAGAAGGAAGUUGGAAUAAUGAUUGUACCAAUGCUAUUAAACCCUUACUAGUCGAACAGUAUUGUUCUUUGAAGAUUCUUGAUAUAUUACAAGAAGAAAUUAUUUCUUUUGCUGUUGAUGUUUUGCUUCCUGGAUCUGGAAAACACUUAGACCAUGUACUUUUGGAAAUGGGAUAUGGUUUGAGACCCAAGGGACAAAAUUCCAAAAUGCAAAGUUCAGAUAAAAGUGAUUUUGAAGAUUCUGGGGAAAAAACAAGUAAAGAUAAAACAACAACUGAAUGUAAGAGUAAUCUGAUUCCAAAGGUGUUAUCCCUAAAUGUUGGAGAUGAAUUUUGUGGUGUUGUUGCCCAUAUUCAAACUCCAGAAGACUUCUUUUGUCAACAGCUACAAAGUGGCCGCCAGCUUGCUGAACUUCAGUUAUCUCUCAGUGAGUACUGUAAUAAAAUGUCUACCCAAUCUGACUUUUAUCCAGCCAUUGGCGAUAUCUGCUGUGCACAAUUUUCAGAGGAUAAUCAGUGGUAUCGUGCUUCAGUUCUGGCUUAUGCUUCUGAAGAGUCUGCUUUAGUUGGCUAUGUUGAUUAUGGAAAUUUUGAAAUCCUUAAAUUGAAUAGACUUUGUCCCAUGGCACCAAGAUUAUUGGAAUUACCAAUGCAGGCCAUAAAGUGUAUCUUGGCAGGAGUGAAGCCAUCAUCAGGAAUCUGGUCUCCAGAGGCAAUUUGUCUCAUGAAAAAAUUAAUACGAAAUAAGAUGAUUACAGUGAAAGUUGUAGACAAGAAGGAAAAUAGUUCUGUAGUGGAGCUUAUAGAUAAAUCAGUUAAACCUAGCAUCAGUGUUUCUAAAAUCCUCAUCGAAGCUGGAUUUGCUGUAGGAGAAGGCAAGAUAUUGACAACAGAUACAUCCAAUGAAUUAAGAGAAAUUAAUGCUCCCUUAACUGUAGAAGAAACAGCGAACACAUUUGAAUGGACUUGGGUUGAACUAGCUAUUAAUGAGACUGUAAAUGUUAUGGUUUGUAUGUUAUAUAAUCCUGGAGAAUUCUAUUGUCAUAUACUUAAAGAGGAUGCUUUAAGUGGAUUAAAUGAAGUGAAUAGGUCUCUAGCAGAAUAUUGUCAACAAAAAAUGCCCAAUGAGUUUAAACCUGAAAUUGGAGAGCCUUGUUGUGCUUAUUUUACAGGUGAUGGUAAUUGGUAUCGUGCUUUAGUGAAAGAAAUAUUACCAAAUGCAACUGUUAAAGUGCACUUUGUGGAUUAUGGAAACAUUGAAGAGGUUACUGUAGACAAACUUAGAAAGAUGUCCUCCAAGUUCUUAAAACUUCCAUUUCAAGGAAUCCGAUGCUGGCUAGUAGAUAUAAAACCUAGAAACAAGCAUUGGAGUAAAGAAGCUACAGCAAGAUUUCAGAUGUGUGUUGCAGGGAUAAAACUUAAGGCUAAAAUAGUGGAUCUCACAGACAAUGGUGCUGGCGUUGAACUCACUGAUCCUUCUACCGCUUAUCCCAAAAUUAUAAGUGAUAUACUUAUUGAUGAACAUUUGGUUUUAAAAGAUGAACCACCAUGUAAAGAUACACAAAAUAACAAACCUGUUGACUUACCAUUUGAUCCUGAUGUUCUUCAAGCUACCUCUUCUGAUCAGUGGAAGACAAUAGAAUUUCCAGUUGAUGAAAUCGUACCAGCUUGUAUACUAGAAAUUAUAAGUCCAAGCUUGUUUUAUGCAUUACCAAUUGAGAGUAGAGACCAAGAAAAAUUAAAUUUGAUGACAGUUAAAUUAACAGACCAUUGCAACUCUCAGAAAAAUAGAGCACUCUUUAAACCAAGAAUUGGAGAUGUGUGCUGUGCCAGAUUCACAAGUGACAAUUAUUGGUACCGUGCUAUCAUCCUGAAGAUCUCAGAAUCUGAGGUAAAAGUACUCUAUGCUGACUAUGGAAAUAUUGAAACUUUACCUUUUUCUCGGAUUCAGCCAAUCACUACCAGCUAUUUGGAACUUCCUUUUCAAAUAAUUAGGUGCUCAUUUGAAGGAAUAAUGGAAUUGGAAGGGGGAUGGUCUCCAUUAGUGCUAGAGCAAUUAAAGAAACUUAUGUUGAAUCAGAAUGUCAUGAUUUCAGUAAAAGGAAUCAUUAAGAAUGUCCAUGCAGUGUCUGUUGAAAAACGUUCUGAAAAUGGUACUAUUAACAUAGCUGAUAAGCUAGUGAUGGAAGGUCUGGCAAAGCACAUUGCAACUAAAAAUCAGAGUGUUUUGAAUAAAGGACAGACUAAUUGCUGCUGCAUAGAGUUAAGGAAACAAGUGGAAAAACAUGAACAGAUACUACUCUUCCUUUUAAAUAACCCAACAAAUCAAGAUAAAUUUACUGAAAUGAAAAAGUUGCUAAAAAUAAAAUAAUUGACCAAACCAAGAGAGUGCUGUGGUGAUUAGAACACAAGUGGUACUGCAACCUGGCUGUCACCUCUCACAACUGGUGGAACUAUUACUGUGAAUAUAUGCACCAAUAUAAACUGUAUUUACUUUUGUUUAAUCAUGUGUAAAGGUGGAAACUUCUAUUGUAUAUCAAAUAUAAAGCCAUAGUAAUGGUAUAUUGGAAUUAUUUUCUAACUGCAUGGAAAAAUAUGUCAAAUUGUAUAAGCUACUUCACUUAGACAAACUGAUUUCUGUUCAGGUAUGCUUGUUUAUGUUCAAAAUAUGGAGGAAAAAUGAAUAAUUUGAGAACAGUAAUAAGUGAUCCUAUUAUAUUAAUGCAUACAUAAGAGCUGCAGAUUUCUGUUUUAUCAGAAAUGAAGUCAUUACAAGAAACAAACACAUUAAAGUGGGAAAUAAAAAUGGCUAGCAAUAAAAUGUAGUGGAAUAAAGCAGUAGAGGGGUCUAGAUUCAUUUAGGAGAGAAAAUUUAAAAUCCUUGUAUUCUGGGUUCUACUUUCCUUAACCUCUCUCCUUUUCCUUUCACGCAGUUCACUUCAGUCACCCUCCUUUUUCUUUCCCUGUGUGGUAAAAUGUCUAUGUGUCUCUUCCUCCCAGAACAUAAUAACCAUAUAAUGUAUCUUCCCUUACACUCUACUAGUACCACUCUCUCUCUCUAUCCUAUCUCUUCUAACUCCAAACUGACCUGUUUUUACUAUGGCAUUGGUAUACAACAUCUUUGCAUCAUUUUCCUCUUUUUCAAACCUGUAGCCAUUCCAUCAAUGGUAAGUAGAAUUUGAUUCUAAAUAGCAUUUACUAAGCUUUGAAAGAGUAAAGCAGUCGUCCUGAUAAGAGUAUAAUGAUUUCUUCAAAAUAGCCCAGUUGAGAGGAUUUUAAAAAUUUCCACGAAAACAAAGGCAUAUUAAGCAUGUUCUAAAUUCUUAUUCUGCCAGGGCAACUCAGUUUCCAGAAUUGUACUUUGUAUUUUCUCCUUAUAGCCCAUUACAAUUUUGGAAAAGUUCAAGUCGUGAAUUCAUAGUAAAAUCUAUUCAAAUUUGGGACUUAAAAGACUUUUCUCCUUGCUUAUCAUUAUUCUUCAACUCUUAUUAUGCAUUGAAUAUAUAUUUUUCUCUGACAAACAUUACUUUUCUCUUCUACUAAAUGUUAAAAUUCUGUCACUUUGUCUAGUUGUUCUUAUCUCUGCUCUCUAAAUAGACUUAUCCUGUCCUACUUAAAGAACUACCAUGUGCCAGUGUUUUUUUCAUUUCCUUUUCUUAUUUGAAAAUAGGCUGAAAACAGUGUUUUUUACUCAAUUGUGUUUACUAUUCAUACAAAUUCCAACUAAAAAUAUUUCCUGAAGCAUUAGUGAGGUAUAAAAACAAUUGAAAAUAUGGAAUCUCAAGUGAGGGCUUCUUGUAACAAAAAAAAGGGGGGGGAGUCUAUAAAAUGUGUAAAAGUUUUAAUAAAUUAGAAAUCUUUCCUUGUAAAAAAAUAUUGUGGUAGCUUAAAAGAUUUUAUUUUAUAGUUAGGUUCCUUACCUAAAAGAUUUUUGACUCUUCUUUAUAAAAAACAGAUUUAUUUACAUAAAAAUCUAAAGACUAUAAUUCCGUCUUCAUCUAUUUUUCCCCUAACAAGUUCAAAUCACAGGGAGAAAAUAUGAAAAAAAAUCUUUCAAAAGAAAGUUAACUUUGAAGUGGGUUGGCACCACAUGUAUUAAUAGCACAAAGUAGGUGUUAUUUCAAAUAAAGGUCAGAUCCCAUUAUGCCAACUUCAAAGGAAUACACAUCUUAACUCUGUUGUUGUACUGGAAUUUAGUUGUAUGGAAUAUUGCUUGAAAUAAGUGAAGUGGGGUAAUUACUUGUUAUCUUGCUGUUUUGUUAUAAUGGUUAUUUAUGACAGUUGACCUUUACCAGUAGAACUUUGGUUUAAGUUUUCUGUAAAAGAUCAUUUUUGAUCUUAGUAUUCAUUUUUCUGCAAAGAAUUUUUAAGAAGGGUGACAAAUGAUAGACAAGUUUGGCCUUCCUGCUUGCAUUUAUGCUCAUUCUACAUGCUUAUGUUUCAAGGGCUAUUGAAUCCAGUGUUGUUGGAGUAAAUUGCUGUGUAAAUAACUAGUGCCUAUUAAUCAUUAUUUUGUUUUGACUUGUAAUUAUUUUUUUACUCCUUGAUUUUGAUGAUAGUUUUUGUUAACUUAAAAAAAAAAAAACCCUUUAAUUUACUUAGUGUCAUUAAAUGUUCUGCUGAUA